AUGGAUUUCGCCGAAAAUGCAGACAAAUACGUCCAGAGGGAAUAUUGUUUCGUCAACCGCAGCGGAGGUUCCUUUGACGUGGAGCGAAACCUGAAAUCGCUGAGAGCAACGGCUUUUGGUCCACUUUCCAACUGCUUGACAGAUGAAGGCGACCAGCACUCCUACACUCUGCCCGUCAAUGGCAUUGAUUUUCAAGAGCCUGAUGACCAACCUGCUCUCCUGUUGCGGAAUCUGGAACAAGCAUGCAAAGAUUUAGAUGCGUCGCACCAAAUGCUGCCCAAGUGGAAUUAUAGUUACCGGAAUCUCACGGUGUCGUCCGAGCUGCUUGACAUCGGCUUCCACGCUGAGCUCGACCUCGCAAAGUAUAUGCAUCAGUUCAACGAGGACUUGUUCGGGCUUUCGGCAACGGCGACUGUGAUGCACCCAAAUCUCAUAGGAAUCAGUCAUCACAGUCCUGAAGCUUUUGUAUCGUUACUCCAACAAACACCAGAGCCCUCCGUCUCCCCGACACAGGAGCUCAAGUAUCUGUCGCUUAUGAAUCAGGGCCGUGAGCGUGAAUGCGACGAUGUGAUUGCUUCCACUGAACCGAUGCUGCCUCGUCAGGGCCUUCAGGCUGCAGCUUUCAACCUGAACCAUACUCAACAGAGCUCAGCUCCCCUCGCAACAACGGCUGCACACGUUGUGAGUAAGGACAGUGUCUUGAGUCAAACGCCCGACCACUCGCAUGCCUUGCCUCCCAGAAAGGGUGUUGAACAAAUUGCGCUACACGAGGCCUGCAUUAGCUACGAUGAAACGAGAGACGGGAUACUAUCUGAUAUCGAAAUAUUCACGUCGUCAACCGUAAAUGAUGAUGGUCAGGAAUCUGUUUCCAAAUAUUUUCGUCCAAAUUCAGAUUUUGCUGGGAGCCCCAAAGCCACGGAGAGUCCAAUUAAGCAAUUUAAAGACGAGGGUGUCUGGGCAAGAGCCGAGGCCACAAGCUUGACCAGUCAGAAGGAGUACCACGAAACAGACCAACUGCUAUCCCGGUUCAUGCAAAUGCGAGGCAAUAAGGGGCGAAUCUCAGUCACCACCGAGGCUGUUCCUUGCAACACUGCAUCUACCGGGAAAUCAAAGUCGAAGGUGAUCAAGGGGAGCCCCAUGAAAUGUGCUCGAGAAGCGAAAUCGGUACAGGAAACUAUCCAAGCCGACACGAACGAAUGGCUUGCAACCUCGUCACCGGAUGUUUCGGUGCCAACGAAGACUGGAUGCUGUUUGGUCUCCAUACAGUUGGGCCCGUCGGUUAUACGACAUAUAGAAGAAGUCUGGCCGGCAGAACAUUUGAUAGAUAGAGACUUCAACAGUCAACUAGCGUCAACGGGUCUCUCAAGUGCUUCGGGUGGUGUCGCAUCGUUCGCUGCUGAAGUCGAUGUCUCUUUAACUUCAGAUACAGGAUUGAUCUCGACGACGCUUUUACAGAUCAAGCAAAAACCUUUGCCAGGUUCACAUGCCCUGACGACUGUGCGACAAAGGAUUUACAACUUGAGUCUCAAGUACAAGACGUUGAUCAUCUUUGUAGCCGAGACGGCCAGCUCGAAAGAAGACAGAAUAUCCCUGUCGACUUCAGAUAUGGCUGCCUACACGGACUUUGUUUGCUUCACCACUUCGUUGCGCGCGAUAGUCACAGUGUGCUUGCUACCUGGUGCUGCCAAAACACUUGCACGGUGGAUUUUGUCGGUAAUGGCAAAGUAUGCUCCCCAAGCGGCGGGUUUGCACUACGCCACAUCCUUGGGGGAUACGAGUUGGGAACUGUUCUUUCGGCAGUCGGGAAUGAACGUACGGGCUGCGCAGAUCUUGGCCCACCGACUAUUCGAGGACUUUGGCACCUCCGGGCUUGCCAAGUUCUUAGCCAUGGGAUCAUCUGAACGGGGAGCCAGAUACGGCUCGGUAUUGAACCUCGAAGAAGAGCUUCUGCAAGCGGCAUGCCUAUGGGACGAAGAGUGA